AUGGCGACCAAUCCACAAGCAUUCUACUGCCUGUGGCAAGACGACACCGUCCGUGACACUCUCUUUGACCUGUUGCCCAUUGAGGACCUCCGCGCGCUGCGCCUGGCCAACUCGGCCUGCUGCAACCUGGUCACCAAGAGACUAUUUCUACGAACCCACUUGACCUUCUCGGCCAACACCCUGACCAAGGCCAGCCGCAUCGAGGCGCUGUCUCGCAUCGGCCACCACAUCGAACAUCUCACCUUCUCCUUCCCGCACUCCCCCGCGACCUUUCUACCACCCCUCAUCCACCCGCAGACAGGCGAGGAGAUCUGCUUUCUGUACAGCCCGCAGACCUCGACCGAGUCCGGUCUAACGCGCGCCAAAUAUGGCGACUCGGAGCUGGGAGAGAUCCUCACCCAGCAGUACCCGCCGCUCUUCCACGCAGCCACCCACGUGUCGUCCUUCAUCGCCGCCCUGACCCACAUGCCCAACAUGCGGCAUCUCACUGUCCGGACCCCCGGGCAGUCCCCGGCCGAGCGCUACCGCCGCAGCGUGGUUGACUACGCGCUCAUGAGCCUGCGCAUUGCGCUCGAGCGCGCCCCCCUCGACAAGCUGGCCAAGCUGACCCUGUCCGGCGUCCACCCGGCCGCGUUCCACUACUUGCGCCACACCCCCGGCGGCUUCGGCGCGCUCCCCUCGGCCGCGCGCCGUUGGCACCAGAUCCGCAAGCUGUACAUCUCCGUUGACGCCUGGGACUUCUACCACGACGUCGCGCCCGGGUUGGACCAGCUCAAGAUCAUGGACGACUACAUCCGCACCUUUGCGCCGCGACUGGAGAAGCUGUCCUUCACCUGGCUCGGCCGCCGCGGGCCGUGUCCCCUGGCGCUCGCCGGCGACCCGCUCUUUGCGCCGCCGCGCCACAGCAAGAAACUGUUCCACGAAGUCACGGGCCCCAUGUCACCGCUGCCCGCGCGGCCGUUCCGGCGGCCAUUGGUCCUACCGCGGCUGCGCGCCAUGACGGUGCGCAAUGCGACGAUGAACGUCGACCAGCUACGCGGGCUGAUCGCGAGCCACAAGCAUACCGUGCGGGAGUUUGACUUUGAGAACGUCGCGCUGAUGCGCGGUGGCAGCCGGGACGAGGCGCUAGCGCCAUUGGAAGAAGGGGAAGACGGCGAGAAAGAAGCGUGGUCCCGGCGGUCGAUGGGCGCCGUUUCGACUGCGACUGCGAGCCGGCCCAGCACGUCGCGGUCCAACUCGUCCGGCUCGGCGGUCGCGAGCUCCGCUGAGGACGAGCACCUGCCCGAGUCGUCUGCGGCAGCCACGGCAGCGAGCCGCGAGCUGUUCGAGGUCGACCUGGAGGGCAUGGUGUUUGGGGGCGCUAAUGACAUCGCGGAUGUUUCCACGUUUGAGGCCGGCGUCGAGGAGUGGGCGCGCGGCGUCACGGCGGCUGCGGCGGCCAAGGAUGCGUCCCGGCCCAACUCAGCUUCUGGGCGGGCAGCCGCAGAUGACGAUGGCGGUUUGGCGUCGGACAUCGAGGCUGCGAGGCAGGCGAGCAACGGGAUCUCGACCAAGCUCAAGAGGCGCCGUGUGCGCCGGCGGUCGCGAAAAGAGGAAGGGGAUGAAGGGGCUGAGGAGAAACGCCGGAGCGAACGGAGGAGCGAACGUCGCAGCGAGGAGUGUUACAGCGAGAAACGCCGUAGCGAAGAGCGUCGCAGCGAGGAACGCCACAGCGAGCGCCGCGGCGAGCUUCGCCGUCAUCAUAGUAGCGGCAGCAGCAGCCACCACGGCAGCCAUACCAGCCGUCACAAGCACUCCCGCAGUGACGACACGAGCGAGCGGCACUCAUCCUCCAGCCGGGAUUCACCACGCCGGCGCCGCCACCGUCGCCACCGUUCCGAGGAGCCCGCCGAGAUGACCUUCAUGCCCGAGGUCAUCGGCACCGACGACGAAUCCUACACACCACCAUCCCUACCCUGCACGCCUCCCCGUGCCCCCAGGACCCCCAAGAUCGACAUGGGCAUCAGCGUGCCCAUCCUCAACCUGGCCCCUCUCCCAGUCUUGCUGCAGCCUACGGUCUACGACCCGUCUGCCAAGUGCAACCCGCUGAUGAACAGCCCCGAUUCAGCCUCAUCCUCAUCAAUCCGGACGGCCUCUGACGACGACGGGCUCUCCCCCACACAGCGCACCAUCGAGGCCGACAUGCUCGCCGAGGCCCAAGAGGCUGCCGCGCGGUCGUCGGCGCUGCAGCGCGCCAAGCAGGCCGUCAUGACCAAGCUGUCGCGCGAGUUCUCCAAGCGCAGCAAGGCCGAGAACGGCGAUGACCGCCACCCGCGCAGCAAGGACUCGGCGGCUGUCAUUGCGAGCCUAUCGACGCUCAACCUAGGGAUGAACCUCCCUUCGCAUCGCGGCAGUGGCGGCAGUGGGAGUAGUGGUGAUCACAGUAACUAUUACGGGUUUGGCGGCGGACUGAAUUGCGGAUCCUCGUCGUCGAACGUCGCUCACAAGCUACGCGAGGGCCUCUUCGGGCGGAGCUUGGCGAAUGUGUCCAUCGCCCCGGAUAACCGCAGCUUGGAGAGCCAGACGGCUCUAGUGCCGUUGAUCUUUAGCCGAUCGUAA